AGUCCGCCCGCUCUGUGCCCGCUGCGCGCCUGGCCAUGGCUCGCCUGCUCCGGGCUGCGACCCGGGGGCUGUUCCCGGGGAGGGGGUACUGCUCCAAGGGGACGCAGGGAGAGCUCAGCAAGGGUUUUGUGGAGGCUCUGAAGGCAGUUGUGGGGAGCCCCCAGGUGUCCACAGCUUCUGCGGUCCGGGAGCAGCACGGGCAUGAUGAGUCCAUGCACAGGUGCCAGCCUCCGGACGUGGUGGUGUGGCCGCAGACAGCAGAGCAGGUCAGCCGGGUGGCCGAGCUGUGCUAUGGCCAGGGCGUGCCCAUCAUCCCCUUCGGCACUGGCACCGGGCUGGAGGGCGGCGUGUGCGCCGUGCAGGGCGGCGUCUGCAUCAACCUGACCCGGAUGGACCGGAUCCUGGCGCUGAGCCCUGAGGACUUCUCUGUGGUGGUGGAGCCCGGCGUGACCCGCAAGGCCCUCAACACCCACCUGCGGGACAGCGGCCUCUGGUUUCCCGUGGACCCAGGUGCUGAUGCCUCUCUCUGUGGCAUGGCUGCCACUGGGGCCUCGGGCACCAAUGCUGUGCGCUAUGGCACCAUGCGGGACAACGUGCUGAACCUGGAGGUGGUGUUGCCCCGGGGCCAGCUGCUUCACACUGCGGGCCCAGGCCGCCACUUCCGGAAGAGUGCUGCUGGCUACAACCUCACGGGGCUCUUUGUGGGCUCCGAGGGGACCCUGGGACUCAUCACUGCUGCCACCCUGCGCCUGCACCCCGCUCCCGAGGCCACGAUGGUGGCCACCUGCGCAUUCCCCAGCAUCCAAGCGGCUGUGGAUAGCACAGUGCACAUCCUCCAGUCUGCAGUGCCUGUGGCCCGCAUCGAGUUCCUGGAUGACGUCAUGAUGGACGCCUGCAACAAGUACAGCAAGCUGAGCUACACAGUGGCUCCCACGCUCUUCCUGGAGUUCCACGGUUCCGAGGAGGCGCUGGCCCAGCAACUGCACCGCUCAGAGGAGAUCAGCCGGCACAACGGAGCCUUGCACUUCUCCUGGGCCAAGGAGGCGGAGGAGCGCAGCCGGCUCUGGGCGGCGAGGCACAACGCCUGGUACUCGGUGCUGGCGCUGCGGCCCGGCAGCAAGGGCUACUCCACCGACGUGUGUGUGCCCAUCUCCCGGCUGCCUGAGAUCGUGGUGCAGGCCAAGGAGGACAUGACGGCAUCUGGCAUCACAGGAGCCAUCGUCGGGCACGUGGGCGAUGGCAACUUUCACUGCAUCCUGCUGGUAGACCCAGAGGACGCCGAGGAAGUCCGCAGGGUGGAGGCCUUUGCCAAACGACUGGGCAGGCGGGCUCUGGCCCUCCACGGGACGUGCACCGGGGAGCACGGCGUGGGGCUGGGCAAGCGGCAGCUGCUGCAGGAGGAGGUGGGCGCCGUGGGCGUGGAAACCAUGCGGCAGCUCAAGGCUGUGCUGGACCCCCGGGGCCUCAUGAACCCAGGCAAGGUGCUGUGAGGGCCCCCCAAGCCCCUCCCAGGCCCCUCCUGUUCUGUGAGCUUUCCUCCUCCCCACCCCCGUCAGGGACUGGGGUAGAGCUGGGCUCCCACCCCUGGGCCUGUCCUGCCCGAGGAAGCCCCCCCCCACUCCCGCCACCUGUGUGCCACGUCAUCUCCGGGACCACUGGCCUGCCUUCCCCUCGUCCCUGGCGGCCUCCCUCCUACUUGCUGCAGCCUGGAGGAGGGGCUGAGGCUGCGGAGGUGGCUUUCAGGGGCGCAGGUGCCCGGCCCACCUGCCUCCCCGCCCCCCCCAGCCUAGAACCGAACGCCAGACCCGCAGCACUGAGGACUGUCCCGGGCGCCGCGGAGGGGCCCACGAGCCUCCACAGCAUGUUCCGGCAGCCCUGGGAAGAAGAGCGGGAGCGUCCUGGCACCGAGCCUCUUCGCCAUGUGUUGUAUGACGCUACCAGCUUUGCUCCAUCACUAAGCAUCGGGGAUCCCAGCCCCAGGCGCCAGUCAUCGCCAGGGACUUGGCAUUGUUCCCCCCAAGUCCAUCAGGGGGCGCCCGACACCACAGCAUCUGGCUCUGGGCAUUGGUUCCCAGGACACACCUGUCAGUCGGGGUCUGGCGCUCAGCGGGACCCCCCAUCUGGCCUCGCCCACACGCGUCGCCCCUCCCCUUCCCCCGUAGCUGCCUGCGGGUCCCCAAUCCAGCUCUUCGGGGGAACCUCUGAGCUAAUGCUGCCUGCCCUAAGCCCCAGACUCUCCUGGGGAGCAGGUCUUGUGGGGCCUCCCCCCCAACCGCCUCUGGUCCAUGACUAAUUAGUGUGCGUAUUCCCAGGAGAGCCCUCUCCAGGGCCUCCUCGCAGGCUGCAUCCCUGGGGCACCCCCCUCCCCACCCCCCCCGCGGCUUCUCUCCUGACACCGGCCCCAUCCAGCGCCUGGCAGCAAGUAAAUGCUCAGCAAAUGGCCCCUUCCCGCGGGCUUCAUGAGGAAAAAAAGCCCCAAGGAGAGCUGAAAGAACAAGGACAUUCACUGUUCACAGAAAUAC